GCACCUCAGUUCACCCUGGACUCCCGCGCUGCCAGCAUGACCGAUACGCUGCUACCCGCGGCCCCUCAGCCGCUGGAGAAGGAGGGUGACGACUACUUUCGAAAGGGUUGUAAUCCCCUUGCACAAACUGGCCGAAGCAAGCUGCAGAAUCAGAGGGCUGCCUUGAACCAGCAGAUCCUGAAGGCCGUGCGGAUGCGGACAGGAGCCGAGAACCUUCUGAAGGUCGCCACCAACCAGAAGGUGAGAGAACAGGUUCGCCUGGAGCUGAGCUUUGUCAACUCAGACCUGCAGAUGCUGAAGGAGGAACUGGAGGGGCUCAACAUCUCCGUGGGAGUGUACCAGGGCACCGAAGAAGCGUUCACCAUUCCUCUGAUUCCUCUCGGCCUGAAGGAGACCAAAGAAGUUGACUUUUCCAUCGUCUUCAAGGAUUUUAUUUUGGAACAUUACAGUGAAGAUAGCUAUUUGUAUGAGGACGACAUCGCAGAUCUUAUGGACCUGCGCCAGGCCUGUCGAACACCCAGCAGGGAUGAGGCGGGGGUUGAACUGCUCAUGUCGUACUUCAUUCAGCUGGGCUUUGUGGAGAGUAGGUUCUUCCCGCCCACGCGUCACAUGGGGCUCCUGUUUACCUGGUAUGACUCCUUCACUGGGGUUCCGGUCAGCCAGCAGACUUUGCUGUUGGAGAAGGCCAGUGUUCUCUUCAACAUUGGGGCGCUCUACACCCAGAUUGGGACCCGCUGUAACCGGCAGACGCAGGCUGGCUUAGAGAGCGCCGUGGAUGCCUUUCAGAGAGCUGCAGGGGUUUUAAACUACCUGAAAGAGACCUUCACUCACACGCCAAGUUACGACAUGAGCCCCGCCAUGCUCAGUGUGCUGGUCAAAAUGAUGCUUGCCCAAGCCCAAGAGAGUGUGUUUGAGAAAGUCUGCCUCCCGGGGAUCCAGAAUGAGUUCUUUGUGCUGGUAAAGGUGGCUCAGGAGGCCGCCAAGGUGGCAGAUGCCUACCAGCAGCUGCAUGCGGCCAUGAGCCAGGAACCAGUGAAAGAGAACAUCCCGUAUUCGUGGGCCAGCGUGGCCUAUGUGAAGGCCUACCACUAUGGGGCCCUGGCUCACUACUUUGCGGCCACCCUCCUCAUUGACCACCAGCUAAAGCCAGGCGCAGACGAGGACCACCAAGAGAAGUGCCUGUCCCAGCUCUAUGACCACAUGCCGGAAGGGAUGACGCCACUGGCCACGCUAAAGAAUCCUGGACAGCGUGUGCUGCUGGGUAAGGGACAUCUGCACCGGGCCAUUGGUUUCCACGAGGAGUCACUGAGGGAGGCCAACCUGUGCAAGAAGCUGCGUGACAUUCAGGUGCUCCGGGAUGUGCUGUCUGCCGCCCAUCAGCGCACUCAGCUCAAGCACACACAGCACCGAGAGGAUGACGACCUUCUGAACUUGAUUGACGCUCCAGAUGUCCUUCCAAAAACUGAACGAGAGGUCAAAAUAACCUUCCCCGACUUCUCCAAAGUGACAGUGACAGACUUCUUCCAGAAGCUGGGUCCCCUGUCUGUGUUUUCGGCCAGCAAGAGAUGGUCACCUCCUCGGGGCAUUCACUUCACAGUGGAGGAAGGGGACUUGGGGUUCACCUUACGAGGGAACACCCCAGUCCAGGUACACUUCCUGGAUCCUCACUGCUCUGCUUCGCUUGCAGGGGCCAAGGAAGGAGAUUAUAUUGUUUCCAUUCAAGGCGUGGAUUGCAAGUGGCUGACAGUGAGUGAGGUUAUGAAGUUGCUGAAGAGCUUUGGGGGAGAAGAGGUUGAGAUGAAGGUCGUGAGCCUCCUGGACUCCACGUCGUCCAUGCAUAAUAAGUGUGCCACUUACUCUGUGGGGAUGCAGAAAACUUACUCCAUGAUAUGCCUGUCCAUGGACGAUGAUGACAAAGCUGACAAAACCAAGAAGAUCUCAAAAAAGCUCUCCUUCUUGAGUUGGGGCACCAGUAAAAACAGACAGAAGUCGGCCAGCACGCUGUGCCUCCCCGAGGUUGGCCUGGCAAGGUCGCAAAACAAGAAGAAACUUCCGACCCCCUUCAGCCUGCUCAACUCCGACAGCUCUCUGUACUGAAGGGAGGAGCCGGGACAGGCCACUCCGAGGUCGCCACGGCUGUCUAACCUCCCAUGCCGUGAUGGGACUGGCCUCCAACCCUAUCUUCUCAGACUGUAAACGUUGAUGUGCUUGUGAACGUGAAAGAGAGAUCUCUAGAAAUUGGUGAGAAACCCGGCCGCAUGGGGAUUUUCACAUUGCUGCAGUUAUUUAUUCUAUAAAGCAGGGCAUAGAAGAGCCUGAAUAUUUUAGCCGUUUUUUUGGUUUUCCAAGACAAUUUUCUGUGUAGCCCUGCCUGUCCUAGAAGUUGCCCUGGAACUUGGAGAUCCA